AGCAAUCUUUCACUUAAAAUUGCAAAUAAAAAUUUGUAAUGAAAAUUCGGGAAGGUCUGUGUCAUUGAUUAUUAGGUAAAUGAAAAAGUGUUUAGUCAUUGAAACCUCAUUAUCUACGUAAAAUUCCAUAGUUUUGAGAAUAUCGCAGUUAUAAUCAGCAGUGUCAUUAGGGGAAACUCCAGGGGUAAGCCCCUUUCUAACGGAGUCCCGUUUUAUUGUCUCUAAUCACUUUCCUAAAAUUCCACGAAGGGUACCGAGGGUCCGAGUAAAUUUUUCCCGAAAAAUCCCCGGUAAUGGGGGAAGGGUACCUUUAAAAGGGAAGCAUCGAGGACGAAAUGGUGCAUUUAGUUCUGUGACAUUCAGCAAGAAUGAAGUUCCUUCUGUUAUUCGUUUUCGUUGCUGUAGUGGUGAUGAUCGAUGCUCGACCAUCAAAGAGCAGCGUUCCAUCAACAAAAAAGAACGAAGAAAUAAAAGAUACUCUGAAAAUCAGCAACCAAGUUGAGGGAGAACUUAAAGAACUUGAAAGAAGUAAGAAAUAUAUUCACAGGAGGCAAUAUCCAGGAUGGGGGUCGUCUUCUGUAAACGUCGCCGAAGCAUCAGCCUCGAUUCACUCCAACUCCGGGCAUUACCAAUAUCCCCAUCAUCGUCGGCCACAUUAUUCAACAUCUCAUUCAGAGUCUCACGGUUUCGCUGCCAAUGUCAAUCUACCGCAUAGCAGCAUAUCAGUUGCACAAAGCGAAGCUCAUCAACAUCAACAGACAUUCGGUUAACGAGAUUCCAUGCAAAAUAUGAAGAUACUCGAAUUGGCACGUUUCAAGGUGUUCAAUAAAAUAGAAUUAAUCGACGAAAUCAGUUUUUCCGAUAAUUAAUCUAAUUUGCGAAUGGUACCAAUUACUUGUUAAAAAUGACUUUCUUUAAUGAUACGGAGAGAUACAAGACCACUAUAUUAGCCUGUAUGAUUACUUUAAAUCAAUAAAAUGUAUUUAAAAUAUUCACCUCUCUACUUGUUAAAUUAUAAUUCCUCAAAUUCUCCAUAAAUCAUCUAGAAGAUACGGAAGUAAUACUCCGGAAAUUAUCUAAACCUUGAACACUCACACUCGAAUACUGAAUAAAACAUGAUCCUUCAGAAUCAUUGCUCAUCCGAGUAUCCAAACUUUGUUUUUUUUAUCUUUGACCAUGUAAUUCCCCGGAGCGUAAUUCCUUAGGCGAAUUAGUACUUUCCUCUGGUCCACUUUCGAUCGACCCUGGUCAGUAAGGUCGACCA